UAAGUUCAUUACAGCUUACGACUGUUCGAAAAGACGUCCCCCUCGACGUCGACAGCUCUAGCUAUAACCAUGUGGACAAGGUUUGAUGCACCCGCCAAGGUCAGGGUUCUGGUGCUAGUCGUGGAUGAGAGUGAUGCACAUACGCAGCGCUAAUGUGCUGACAUGUCUGGUAGUCCUUUCACGUAGAUUUCCUUGCGGAAGCGAUUUACAAACCACGAGAUGCCUUCGUAUACGCAGCUUCACUCAACCAAGUGGAAGUUGUGAGACGUUGGUUGGUGAUCUUGCUCUUGACUCUACAAUAGUUUUGAUGCGCGGUUCCAUUGAUGGCAAUCACUACUGUAUAGGAUCACGAAGAAGCUGAAUAUAAACGAGUUGGACAAAGAAGGCAGUCACGCGCUGUAUAUGGCUGCUCAGAACGAGAGUCUUGAAGUGCUCGAGCUGCUUCUAGAAAGUGGGGCCAACGUGGAUCAGCAACAACGAGACGUACGAUCUAGUCAUUGCGCUUACGUAAAUGUCUCCAGUAACCUGCUAAGAGAUGAUUCGCUGUUUGACCGCCAGGGCAAAACUGCGCUGCAUUCAGCUUGUACCUGGGGUCGAUUUGAAGCUGCACGGCUGCUACUGGCUCAUCAAGCAAGCCUCAGCUUACGCGAUGACGAUGGCCAAACUUCACUGCAUUGUGCUUGUCGAAAUGGUCACGUCGGUCUCGUUCAGCUAUUGCUUAAUUCAAGAGUUGACCCCUUCGUGGCGGACGACUUCGGAGCCACACCGAUUGACGUUGCUCGGGAUUGGCAGCGCUUGGACAUUCUUGACAUGCUUGCAGCGUAUCGAGCCACUGAAUUCCUUGAAGCUAACCAACAACGUGUGAAGCUAUUAACAGAACGACUGAGCAACCAAGUAGAGCUCCCCCAGGGCGUCCGAGAUAUCAUCAUCGAUUUUCUGUGCUGAGUCAUCGUAACGCGGAAUUCAAGCUUCAAGUUGAAGUCGUGACGUUUUGCGUAUGCUCUGAUUUUGCCUUUUUUGUCAAUAUCCGUAUGUUCUGAGGUUGUAUCAGCCAAUCACCUGUUUUCCGACGGCGGACCUUUUGGUCCAAUCAGUACAUGCGCCGUUGCCGAUCUUCCUGUCUAAACCGAUUUACU